AUGGGAUUCCAUAUUAUAACUGCUAUUGUUGUCACCUCAUUGGUUUCGUUUGUUGCUUUGAAGAAGAGGAGUAGAAGAGUCGAGAUAGAUAUCAAUCAAGGAGAGAAGCAACAGGAACAAGAUCAGGAAAAAUUAUUCGUCGAAAUGAACCAAAAGGAUAGCAAAAAGAUUUCAGAUCAAAAUUACGUACCUGGGAUAAUCAAAGGUAAGAAAUACCCAGCUAAGAAUCACAACAUCAGGGUCAAGGAUAUUCUAUUGUCUAAAAAAGAUAAUUUAAAGGUUACUGAAACUGCUAUAUUAAUUGCAGGUGCAGAACGUGAACCUGUUAAAUAUUGUGAUCGUACUAAAAAGUUUAGACAGAACCAAUACUUUUAUUAUUUAACUGGUGUUGAUAUUCCGGGAAGUGCAUUAUUAUUUAACUUCAAAGAUGAUAAGUUAACACUGUUCUUGCCAAAUAUUGAUUAUGACGAUAUCAUGUGGAGCGGUAAGCCAAUGAGCUUAGAAGAAGCUUUAAAAGAAUAUGAUGUAGAUGAAGUUUUAUACUAUGAUGAUUUGAAAAUGAAAUUAGACCAAUUGAAGGAUUUUACUAUUUUUACUACCGAUAAUGAUAAUGUUCAUGAUGAUUCAAUUAAAGCUAGAUUGACUCCCUCAGACAGUGAUUUCUUUUUUGCUCUUGAUGAGGCUAGAGUCAUUAAAGAUUGGUAUGAAAUUGAAAUAAUAAGAAGAGCUUGUGAAAUCAGUGAUAAUUCGCAUUACGCUGUUAUGUCAGCUUUACCGAUUGAAACUAAUGAAAUGCACAUCGAAGCUGAAUUCAGUUACCAUUCUACCAGACAAGGUGCUCGUACUUUAGGUUACGACCCUGUUUGUUGCUCUGGCCCAGCUUGUGGAACAUUACAUUACAUCACCAAUGAUGAUGAUGUGGAUGGUAAGAGCUCUAUAUUGAUUGAUGCAGGCGCCGAAUGGAGAGGUUAUACCAGUGAUGUAACAAGAUGUUUCCCAACUAGUGGUAAGUUUACCAAGGAACAUCGUGAAGUUUACGAAACCGUUCUGGACAUGCAAACACAGGCAAUGAAUUGUAUCAAGCCAGGUUCUUCAUGGGACGAUUUACAUCUAUUGGCCCACAAAGUUUUGAUUAAGCAUUUCUUGAAAUUGGGUAUCUUUAGAAAAGAAUUCUCUGAAGAUGAGAUUUUGAAAAGAAGAGUUUCCUGCGCUUUCUACCCUCAUGGUUUGGGUCAUUUCAUAGGUAUUGACGUUCAUGAUGUGGCCGGGAAUGCUAACUACGAAGAUCCAGAUCCAAUGUUCAGAUACUUGAGAAUCCGUCGUAUAUUAAAAGAAGGUAUGGUGGUCACUAAUGAACCAGGUUGUUACUUUAACGAAUACUUGUUGGAUGAAUUCUUGAGAAAACAUCCUGAGAAAUUAGAAGUUGUUGAUGAGGCAAUUUUGGCCAAGUACAUGUAUGUUGGUGGUGUUCGUAUUGAAGAUGAUGUUGUAGUUACAAAACAUGGUCACGAAAAUUUAACUAAAAUUACCAGUGAUCCUGAUGAAAUUGAAAAGAUUGUUAGUGAUGGUUUAUCAAAGGGCCGUUCUCACUUCCAUGUAGUUGUUUAA